AAAAUACAAUAUUAUAUUUAGAAAAAGAAGAUAGAAAUAACAGUAAAGAGCAUCCUAUAUAUCAAGAUAAAAAUUAUAUAAACAUCACAUUUAAAGAUCAGUGGAGUGCUGAAAAAUCAAAACAUAUUGGGUUAUCAACUAUGUUAAAUGGGAAUCAUUUACUUUUUCAAGACCUUUAUAAAACAUAUUCAAAAUAUUUUGGAUCAAGAAGUGCAAUAUUAAAUCGAAAGAUUAAGUUUUACAACAAUAUUAUGUACACUGUUCUUAAUUUUGAAGGUUCUACUAAAAUAAGCUUCACAUCAGAAAUAUUAUAG